UAGCUUAAUACAAAGUACUCAACACUUCAAAGAAUUAGGCAUUGUAGCCGACAACUUUGUUGAUAGGAUGCUUGGGAUUUGAUACAGGAACUACAUACUUAUGCUUCGUCCUAUGGUAGUGGUCUUGUUCGUUAAUGUUGGUUACUUAUCCUUUGUUAGGUUUCACAUUCAUUAGCUCAAUUAGGGUUUUAAUGUUCUCUUAUACAAGAAGAUGUUUGGUUCAAUCCAAGCCUAUCCAGAGCCUUGUUUUUUUUAUUGAAAAGUGCUGUUUUAGGGUGUAUUACUCGGCUUCUUCUGCUCUUCUUUUGGAAGAUCAUGUGUUUGAGGAUAGUCUCAUGAUUGAAACUAAUGCAGUUGAUAGAUCCAAUGGUCCAAGGAUGAAGUUUGGUGCUCAGAAGAAGACGUGUAAUGUUCCUAAAACGCAUAAGUUAUGCUGCCUAGUUGUGAGACUUUGCAAGUCUUUAAGUUGGGAAGUUGCCCGGGAAAUAAGAUUUUCUAGAGCUGUAAGGAGGCAUGAUUGGAUUGAUUCGAUUAAUGCAUUCAGAAUCAUUGUUCAAGUGUUUGCAUCGGCAGGAAUGCAAAUGGAAGUACAUUCUUUGCUUAGAGACAUUGUUUUGUACUAUAGAGAAGCCAAUUUGAAUUUGUAUGACUUAUUUCCUAUUUUAUUGGAUUCAUACGAGCAUGUUGAAAGAUCUGCUAUUGUGUCUGAUAUGCUUAUGAGAACGUUUGCAUCAAACUCAAUGCUAGAGAAUGCCAUGGAUGUAUUUCUACAAGCUAAGAAAACAGGGUUUGAAUUAAGAAUUUGUUCAUGCAAUUUUUUGCUCAAGUGCUUGGUAGAAGCAAGCAGAGUGAAACUUGUCAAGAGUUUAUUUAAGGACAUGAAGAAUUCUGGGCCAUCCCCCAACGUUUACACAUAUACAAUUAUGAUGAACUUUUAUUGCAAAGGAUGUCAUGAGCAGGAAAUAGAUAUCAAACAAGCAACUGAGAUUCUAGAAGAUAUGGAGAAUAAUGGAGAAAACCCGACUGUUGUAACAUAUGGUACAUAUAUCGAUGGACUAAGUAGAGCUGGUUGUGUUGAAAUUGCCUUGGAAUUUAUUCAGAAUUUGAAAUCUGAAAACAAACCUCUCAAUUCUUAUUGCUAUAAUGCCAUUAUCUAUGGCUAUUGUCAAAAAAGUGAAGUGUAUGAAGCUUUGAAGGUUUUGGAAGAAAUGAAGAGCCAAGGAAUAUCACCAGAUAUUUAUAGUUACAGCCCUUUGGUUGAUGGAUUUUGCAAGAAAGGGGAUGUUGAGAAAGGUCUCAAUUUGAUUGAGGAGAUGAUGCAUUUUAGUAUAAAGCCUUCUCUUUGUACGUAUAGUUCACUCUUUAUCGGUCUUUGUAAGAGUGGAAUGAAGGAAAUUUCACUAGAAAUUUUUCGUAACCUUGGUGCUUCAGGUUAUGAGUAUGACCAGACGUCUUAUAACCACUUAAUAAUUGGGUUCUGCAUUCAGGGAGAUCUGAUAUCUGCCAUAAACCUGUUGGAGGAGAUGAUCACCAGUGGUUUGGUUCCAAACAUUUAUAGUUUUGCUUGGCUGGUUCAUGGAUUUUGUAAGAUGGGGUUCUUAGACAAAGCACUGGAGCUUUUCUGUGUCAUGCAGCAAACUGGUGUCUUGCCAAAUACUUUCACCUUUAAUGUUAUAGUUGAUAGAUAUUGCAAAGAUGGGCACUUAAAGAAAGCAUUAGAACUGCUUAAGUUUAUGCAAGACCUUGGGGUUAUUCCUAAUUCAUAUACGUACAGUUCAGUCAUCAAUAAUUUGUGCAAAAGAAGAAAAUUGGAAAAAGCAUUUGAACUUCUUCCUUUAAUGCUUAAGAAGAAUGUACUUCAUGGUGUUCAUUGUUCCACUCUUUUGUAUGAAUUCGCUAGACAGUCAAGUCCAAGGAAGGUUUUGAAGUUGUAUGCAAGAAUGUUUAAACUUGGGGUUACAGAAAGCACAGUUACAUAUACAAUUCUUAUCAACGUGUUCUCUCAAAGGGGCAAAAUGUCUGAAGCGUACAGUUUAUUUAAAGAAAUGAUUGAAAAGGGAUUGACACCAGAUAGUAUUUGUUAUACAUCUGUUAUAGCUGGAUUUUGUAGAAUUGGUGAUAUGAAGAGGGCUUGGGCUUUGUUUGAUGAAAUGUUGCGAAAAGGCCAUUCACCCACUGCUGUCACAUACACAUGUUUAAUUGAUGGAUUUUGCAAGUUACGGCGCUUGGAUAUGGCUCAUUCGUUGAUUGAUGAAAUGGAAAAAAACAAAAUUACUCCUGAUGUAGUUACUUAUACUUCUCUCAUUGCUGGGUACCCAAGGACCUUGGAAAUGUUGAUAAAGCCUAUGAGCUGUUUUACGAAAUGAAACAGAAUGGUAUCUCUCCAGACUAUGUUGCGUAUAAGGUAUUAGGGGAAAAUGCCUGUCAUAACUGGCCAAGUAAUAUGAUCAUUGAUUUGGAAUAUUGGUGGAUUAUUAUUUCCUUCAUCCUAAAGUGGAGAAUCACACUUGUUCUCUUUGCCACAUAAGUACCCAUCACAAAAGGUCACAGAAGCAGAGCGAGAAGAAACUUAUUGAGUUGUCAGCAUGAUUCAUGAGAAAGAAUGAAAAGAUUGUUGGUGUCGCCAUCUAGAGGUAAGGUAACAAUAGAUGGAGGUUUUUGGAGCUUGAAGUGAGGCAGUUAGUGAAUCUGAACCUUUAUUCAGAAAAGUGCAAUACAUGAAGAGCUAACAUGAUAUAAAUGCAAUUAAAUCAAAUGGUUCAUUCACUCUG